AUGCGUCAGGUGCACGAAAACCCGGCGUCGAGCUCCGCGGACGAGGACAACAUCAAAGAGAGCCUGAAAGUCGCGACCGAGGCGGUCGCGAACGCGCGGGAGAAGAAGCGCGCCGCCAUCGAGACGCCGCUGUCGUUGAAAGUGCGCUGCGUCAGCGUCUCCACCAAGGCGUCGCUCGCCGUCGCCAAGGCGUUCACGGACCCGCUCGACGACGUCAACGGGCUCGCGUCGACGUACGGUGAGAACGCGGCGCGGGCGGCGAUGGACGCCGCGGACGCGUUGACGAGCACCGCGAACGACGACGCCGCGGCCGCGCGCGACGCGUUCGUGAAGGAAGUCUUCGAAGGCGCGGAGCACGUAAAGGGAAAAAAGGCGACGGAGGACGCGCGACGCGGCCCGGAGUCGCAGACGUGGAGGCAUCACGCGGACGCCAACGACGACGCCGCGCGGAUCGCGGCGGUGUCCAGACGCGAGUCGAGCGACGCCCCGUCACGGCCGUGCUCGCUGUGCGUCCCGCGCCCGGCCGCGCGAGGGAGCAGCCGCGGCGCGGCGGCGGCGGCGGGGCACGGCGGGCAGGCGCCGCCGCCGGAGGUGCGCGGCGAGGGAGUCCUCGCCGUCCCGAGAGACGCGCUGCCGAUUUGGUCCCCGCGCGCGGACGACGUCAACCCGGAGAAGGUGGGGAAGAAAAAGUACGCCGCGGCGCUGGAACACUUUCAGUCACACUGGCAGCGCGGUGACGCCGUCGUCGUUCGCGGCGUGGAAGGGAAGUACACGGGGUGUUGGAAGCCGGAGAGCAUCACGCGCGCGAUGACGGACAUGAGCAACAAGCGCCUCGGGACGGACGCCAGCAGAGACGUGAGCGUGAUCGACUGCGAGUCGGGGGAGACGGUCACGCGGUCGAUCGGGGAGUUUUUCAAAGGGUUCGACUCCAGGGCGUACCGCGAGAGCAAGCUUCAGCAGCACGGGCUCUUGAAGCUGAAGGACUGGCCGAGCGAGGACGACUUCCGGCAGAAGAUGCCGCGGCACUUCACGGAUUUCGUGCAGAUGCUCCCGUUUCAAGAGUACACGAACCAAGUCGACGGCCCGCUGAACUUGUCCACGAAACUCCCCAAGGAGUGGGUCCCCCCGGAUCUGGGACCCAAGUCCUACGUCGCGAUGGGGCGCGUGAAAGAGCACGGCGUCGGCGACAGCGUCACGCGGUUGCACCAGGACAUGUCCGACGCCGUCAACGUGCUCGUGCACGUGGGCCCGAGCCAAGCGGACGACGACGACGACGACGGCGAGGACGAAGUCCUUAAGGAACGGCGUUCACCACGCGAACGCGGUCGUAUGGGAACCAGUCACGACGAGGACGACGACGACGGCGAGCGCGUUCCCGAGACGGAGGAUGAAAAGGCAAAGGCGAGCGCGGACGCGGACGCCCCGGGGGCGCGCUGGGACAUCUUCCGGAGGGAAGACGUUCCGACGCUCAAUGAGUGGCUCUCGUGGAAGUGGUGCAAGCGCGAGCUGGAGUACCAGCCGAAGAUGGAGAAGCGCGCGCGGACGAAUCAUCCGAUUCACGAUCAGCAGUUUUUCCUCACCGCGAGCGAUCUCGACGCGCUGCGUGAAGACACCGGCGUGAGGCCGUGGUCGUUCACGCAGAAGCUCGGCGACGCGGUGUUCAUCCCCAGCGGAUGCCCGCACCAGGUCCGCAACCUUCGCAGCUGCUUGAAAGUCGCCGUCGACUUCGUCUCCCCGGAGAGCGCGGGCUUGUGCCUCGUCAUGGCGCGGCAGCUCCGAGGGUGCGGGAUGGAAGAUAAGCUCCAAGGCCGCGCGAUGAUUCUGCACGGCGCGCGCGCGGCGGACGAGAUCCUGAACGGCGGGAAGCAGCGCGCGUACGGCGGCGCGUCCGAGGCGGCGCUUCGGAAGCUCGAGGAGGACAGAGCGGCGGCGGCGACGGCGCGGAGAAAAACGCCGUCGGACGAGGACGAGCCCGACGACUGGGACGAGAAGAACACCCUCGAGGCGCGACGGAAGAAAGAGGAACAGGAGGAAGCUCGCGAACGCGCGAGGGAGGAGAAGGAGGCGAGGGCGCGCGCGAAAGCGGAGAAGGAGGCCGAAAGGCGCGCGGCGAAGACGAAGACGAAGAAGCAGGAGCCUCUUGAUGAAGCGUCCGAGGAAGCGAGCGAGAUUGACUUCGCGUCGGACAUCUUGGCCGGCUUCGCGGACACCGUCCUCACGGAGUCGCAACACAAGAAACGUUCGCACCCUCGCGAAACCUCCGACGGCGCGAAACCUCCGACGGCGAAGCGCAGCAAGCCGAAGAAGGAGACGCACGCAAAGGUUGAGCACUACGACGCCGCGCCCGUCGCGGCGGUGCCUCCUCCCUCGUUCGGGAACCUCAACCCCGGAGCGUUCGCCGGCGCCGCGCCGGUGAAUCCGCUGUUGUCGCAAAUCGCGGCGUUUCAAGCGCAAGCUGCCGCGCAGGCUGCCGCGUUCGCGCCACCGCCACAGGCGAUGCCACCGCGAAGCGUUGGCGCCGGUCCCGGGUUCUUCAACUUCCCAGCAGCGCCCGCGGCCGUGUCCAUGCCCCCCGGCCUCGGCCUCGGCGCGACGGGACCCGCGGGCGUUUCCCUCCCGCGAGGGCCGGCGGCGGGGACGACCCCGGAGCAAGAGAUCGCCGCGGCGCAGCACGCGACGCAGAUGCAGCAGCACUUCACCGAGCAACAAUCGCAACAACCGAUGUCUCCCUCGAUCAUUGCCCAAUUCCUUCAAAACCCCCUGCUCAUGAAUGUCCUGACCUCGCAACCGACGAUGAUGGCGGGCUUGAUGAAUAACCCGCUCGCGAUGCAAAAUUUUCUCAGCGCGCUGCAGCAACAGGACGCGGCCGGCGGGUUCUCGUUCUCGCAGAACGCGGCCGCGCAGG